AUGUUCGUUCCUGCUAGUAUUUUAGGAUCUAGUUCAAAUAGGAAUAGAAAUAAUGUUGGAAGUCAAGAUGUGGACUAUGAUAAUGAAGAAUUGCAAAGCUCUGACCAUGAAGAUAGUGACAAUGAAAAACAACUAAAGCCUAAGUAUGAGAAGUUUAGAGGAGAGUUGUUGAACAAGGACUUCCAAUUUAAACUAGACAAUGUCCUGCCCAUACCUAGGAAAAGAUUAGAUAAGGAUAUUCUAAUGAGUGGUGAAUGGAUGCCAACAUGGAGUAUGGAUGAGUUGUGGAAAGUUUAUCAUCCAUAUAAUGGACUACAAUUUGUAGUCGAUCUUGGGAAAAAAGUUGUACAUGUUGCUUUUGGGACCUAG